GUUGUUGAGGCGCCGGGACCUUAAGAUGGCGGCGGCGGCGGCCGUGGCAGGGGAGGGGCGCAGCGGGGGUGGCGGCGCGGAUCCCGGGCAGGAACGGAGCCGGGUCCGAAGUUGGGUUGGCGCGGAGCGGAGUGAAGGCCGGAGGAUGGAACCAAGUGAGGAGCUGGAAGAGGAAGACUCUCCAGGUGGCCGGGAGGAUGGCUUCACUGCUGAGCACCUGGCUGCAGAGGCCAUGGCAGCUGACAUGGACCCCUGGCUGGUAUUUGAUGCCCGUACUACACCUGCCUCAGAGCUGGACGCCUGGUUGGCCAAGUACCCACCAUCUCAAGUCACUCGCUAUGGGGACCCGGGUUCGCCCAACUCUGAACCAGUGGGCUGGAUUGCAGCCUAUGGGCAGGGUUACACCCCUAACUCAGGGGACGUACAAGGGCUGCAGGCAGCCUGGGAGGCUCUGCAGACCAGUGGGAGGCCAGUCACACCGGGCACCCUGCGCCAGCUGGCCAUCACCCACCACGUGCUCUCCGGCAAGUGGCUGAUUCACCUGGCACCUGGCUUCAAGCUGGACCAUGCCUGGGCUGGCAUUGCCCGGGCUGUAGUUGAAGGCCGUCUUCAGGUGGCCAAGGUGAGCCCACGGGCCAAGGAGGGUGGGCGCCAGGUCAUCUGUGUUUACACAGACGACUUCACGGACCGCUUGGGUGUGCUGGAGGCAGAUUCUGCCAUCCGUGCUGCGGGUGUUAAGUGCUUGCUCACUUACAAACCUGAUGUCUACACUUACCUGGGCAUCUACCGAGCCAACCGCUGGCACCUUUGCCCCACUCUCUAUGAGAGCCGUUUCCAGCUUGGAGGCAAUGCCCGUGGCUCUCGAGUGCUGGAUCGUGCCAACAAUGUAGAACUGACCUAGUGGGGCCAAGUGGGAGAGACCAUCUUUUGCUCCCUUGCUGGGGAUGGAUCCUUCUUCUCUUCCUUGUCCCAAGAAGGCCAAGCUCCCUAGCUCUGAGGACUCAUUGACUUGGGGACUGUGCACUCAGUCCCCUUGAACUUCCGCGCUCUGUGCAGGGCCGACUCCAACCCCCACAGGCGGGGGGCUCUGGCUCUCUGGGGGCCGGGCCCUCAGCUGCCCUCUUUGAUGCUGCUCCCCACCACUGCCCAGGACCACAACUUGGGUGCAGAUACUCAAGAAAGCCUGCCCUGGCCACCUCUGUCCCUUCCUAUACUUACCUUGCAUUUUCCCUUUUCCUUCUUCCCUUGUAAGGGAGAAAACGUAG